CAAGCAGAUAAAAUGUGUACGAAGAUCAUUUAUUUAUAUUUCUGUUAAAGUAACGAAGCAAUUUACUUGAAAUUUCAGUUAAUGUUAAACCAUCAUCUGAAUAAUAAGUGAAAACAUGAAAUUUAUAUUAUGUUAUUUUCUAUACUUUUGUGUCUUUUACGCCUGGGGCGAUCCAAUUCUUGAAUUUAAAACAAUAUUGGAAGAAACAGCUAAAACAAUUGCUGAAUAUGAACAUGAAUUUUUCAAUUCAAUUAUUGUUGUUGUGAGUAAUUUAAAAGAUACUUCAACAGAAGCACUGGGCGAAUCAUGGAAUGCUACACUGAUUUCUACUGAAAUUUUAAACGUGAAAGCAGAUACAAAAGAGAAGAAGGAUUGUAUUGAAGUUGAAUCGAAGAAAUUAAUUGAAAUAAUCAAUAGUGUCGCAUUUACUCUUGAUAGUUGUAGAGAAAACUCUUCAGCGACCAGUCAACCAAUUAGAACGAAAAUUCAAGAUAUUCAUAAAGCAUGUAUGUCUAUGGAAAAUGAAUUGGAUACGAUUAGAUCGUCAUGUUCUCAAGAUGUUGAAAAAUCAGAGGAAUGUAUUUCUUAUAAAGUGAAUGAGCUUCGAGUUUCUUUGAAAAAUAUUUUGGAACAAUUGCAAACCUAUAUGAUUGAUGCUGGUACCAUAAAACCCCAAAUAUUGAGUAAUGCAAUGAAUUGUAAUGCAAAAAUAUUGAAGGAAGUUUAUGAACAAGUGAUAAAUAUACAACAAAAUCUUGAAAAAUGUGUUUAGAGACGAUGUAUUUUUAAUAUUUAAUUACAAGAAAAAAAAAUCGAGGGGCAAAAAAAUCAUUAAGAAAAAUUAUUAUUUUAAAGUAAUUUAUUCGAAAUAAUUAUUGUUCAGACGAAUUUUUCGUUUUCUUUAUUAUCAUUUCAAAGAAUACUUUUUAUACGAAUUUUUAUUUAACAAAAUUUUUAGCUAGCGAAUUUUUAGUGAGGCAGAAUUUUUAUUUCCUAUUCAUUUAUAUUUACAUGAUUUUGUAUUUAAAAGAAUUUUAAUUUAAUCGAUUUUUAAUUUAAUAAAAUUUUCAUUCAGUCGAUUUAUUUUAUGAUUUGAAUUUUUUAAAUGACAGAAAUUCGAAUUCACCGAAUUCUAAUUUGUCCGAAUUUUUAAUUAGUAGAAUUUUUAAAACGCCGAAUUUUCAUUUGUUCGAAAUUACAAAUGGCCAAACAUAAAAUCGGCAGAAAUAUUUUGGCGCAAUUUUUAAAUUUGCCCAAUUCAAAAUUAUCCAAAAAAAACGUUGAUUGGUCAAUUUUUAAAAUUGCGCCGAAAUCUUUCUGUUUUUCGGCCUUUUAUAGUUUCGUUUAAAUAAAAAUUCGGCGAUUCAAAAUUUCUGUCAUUAGAAAACAAAAAUUCGGUAUAAAAAAAAUGUUGCUAUAUAAAAAUUCGUAUAUAAAAAUAAAAUUUAUCAAAUUUUCAAUUAGAAAAUUAAAAAUUCGUCUAAAAAAUAAUUAUUUCUAAUAAAAUACUUGAAAAUAAAAAUUUCAAUUGUUUUUUUAAUGGAAAAUUCAUGCGCCUCAAAAAUUUUCUUUUAAUAUAAAAUUUGUAGAGAAAAUAAAAGAAUUUUAAAUACUUUA